GAUUGGUCAUCGUUAGAUAUGUGGCUCAGUAUCUAUAUAGUUUCAGUCUCAACCUGCAGGGGUAAACAUUUUCUCGGGUUCUCAGGUAGAACACAGCAUUUUCAGCAGAGUCGUCAAAAAGGACGGCCAUAACCCCAUCCUAAGAGGCCCUACUUCGGAGGUCAGAAAAUACAUAUUUUUCGCGCACAGAAGGGAAGGAACCCGACUGUGGACUGUCAACUGUCUGGCAACCGCGGAUAGCCUACCUAAAACAACGUAACGAGCUCUAAGCUGUCACGGAAGUUAAACAUAAGGAUAACUCGUCAAGCUGGCGUUAUUAGAUCGAAGAGCGGCCAAGUAAGCCCUCAAAGACACCCAGCGCAUGCAUUUGAAGCCAAUACGUCAUUAAAACCAUCUGAUCACGUGCCUUUCCCGUGGUUCCUUGUUCAGUUCUGACAGAUUGUUUCUGUUGGGAUCUUUUUUCUGUUGGACCCUUACCAAACAAUACAGUGAGGUAAUAGGAUUAUAUGAAAUUCGAUGUCCUAUUCUAAGACCUGUCUAUGACCUACUGUAUACUUCAGCCUUCCAUCACUAUCAUCGCCAUCACAUGCUCCACUGGAUUAAAACAUGACUGAAACUUCACCGUACCGAGACAGACUGGGCCUUGGGAGCAACGAUUCAGAUCGGCCUAGUCCCGAUCGCAGGUCGUACCGCUCCCGCAGGUACACAGUAGGCAUCUCCCCCAGUGACAUCGAAAAGUCGGACAGCCCAGAGCCCACAAAGGAAUACACCCCCAUCCUGAUGGCGAACUCUGCAGGAAAACUAGCUCAGGAAAUCAACGAGGAGUUUCUGACGUGUAAAAUAUGUCUAGAAACAUACAAAGAACCAAAAAGUCUCAACUGCUUGCACACAUUUUGCGAGUCAUGUAUCGAGAACCAUGCCAUGUCAGAAAGUUCGUACAAGAAGUACAGCGAGUACAGGGAUUUUACAUGCCCUCUGUGUCGUAAAAGGACCCAUCUUCCGACAGGUGGGGUAAAAGCGCUUCCAGACAACUUCCUGGUUGCUAGCCUGACAGAAGUCAUCACACGCCAAAAGCCUACAAAGUUUCCUUUUUGCGAUAUCUGUAAACUAGUGGCCAAGAAACAUAGGGAAGCGAGCUCAAAGUGUUUAGACUGUGCCAAAUUGUUGUGUAAGCAGUGUGUUGAGGUUCACAGAGAAACCAAGGUCACUAAAAACCACAGUAUUUUCGACGUGGAAAUCGAAAAGGAUGUGGAGUGCAAAGAUCACCCUGAAGAAGUGGUGCGUUUCUACUGUGAGCCUUGCGAGACGUGCGUCUGUGUGCUGUGCACCUUUAAUGAGCACAAGGAUCACGACAUCUCCAACUUUAGCGAUGCCGUCAUGACGUACAAAGACUCCAUUCAGAAACUUCUGAACGGGUGCAAGGACAAGCUGGACAAACACGAACAGCAACUGGACACCCUCGCAAAAGCAGACAAGUCUCUGAAGCAGGCGGAACAGAAGAUCAGAGAUGUCUCCAUCCAGUUCAUUUCAGAAAUCAGAACCCGAGAGAAACAGCUUAUAGAGGAGCUGCACAACCUAUACGGGCCAGCCCUUAUGGAGUUCAUCCAUCGCAAGGCAGACAUGCAAAUCACACUGGAAGGUCUCAAGAGCACGUGUAAUCUCACCGAGCUCAUUCUCAAAGGUAAGGAUAUUGAGCUUCUGCUGCUGAAAAAUCAAGUACAGGAAAAGUUGCGAAAUUUAUCUGAUCUUGACCUCAAGCCGUUGCCACCAACUGUAGGAAAGCAGGUGCAGUUCGUGCCAGGAGCCCUAGAUAUGGGAUACAUACAAGAUAUGGAUCGCCCCUUGUCCAUGUCGAAAAUCAGAGCCAGGAGAGCCUUCUCCUCAAGUUCAAGCACCGAGUAUCGAGACAUGCAGGAACAGCCAGAAGUCCGCACCACAGACACGCAGACAGAUUCUUCCAUCACAUCGGCUUCCAACUGCGAGAAGACAACCAUGACCGACAAACCGAACACCAACGACAAAAACUGUGCCACCGUGCCGCCGACCGUCAUCACCGUGGGACUUCAAACGGAUGUUCCUUCACCAGAAAAUACUUCAGCUAACGUCGUUGACGUGACGGUCAAUCUGAUCCCCGACACCGAGGAGUCAUCUCUCGUUCAAGAGUCUCGGGAAGAACGGGAACGGCGCAGACGCCAGGCUAGACGCAUGCGCGAAGAGAACGGCGAACAGGAAGACGAGGAAGACAGUCGUGUAACCAGACGACAGAGAAGACGGCGUAUGAAUCGGGCCAGCAAUGAAGGCGACAGUUUUGAGAGCAACCGCAAGUCACGAGAGUUCACAUCUCCCCCUCCACCUUUCAGGCGUGUGGAGCGUCAGAGCCAGGUCUAUCAUGGUGACAGCUUAGAAGACAACUCCAGCCCAUGACAGGAGGCGCCACCGUCUCCGACGGACGCUACUGGUGCGUCUGAGAAGAAAAAGAAUAGAGAAAAAUGUACGGUUUCUUGACUGCCAUCACGAUAGCAUCUAACUCUGACGCCGCACAUGUUUGAUAGCAGUGUCUUCGAGGCACCAAGAGUCGCUGUUGAUGUAGACCGACCCGAUCUCAACCGAUCCGAUGCAAUUUCCUCCUUCUAGUUUCAAACAUAUCAAAAUCAAAUAGAUCAGAGAAAAGAACAGACCCCGCGUCGUCUUUAGUUUACCAAGUGAAACGAAGGCAAGUUAUGAGUGAAACGUACCCGAAAGCGCAUACUAGAGGGACCUUACGAUCCAAAGAAAAAAGCACCAGCUGCAGUGUCAGUGACGGUGAUUCAACUGACCCCACAUACUUUUACCUAGCGAACCACGCUAGCUCUCUUCAUUUGAAGAGAUUUUAUAUUUGUUUGUGUAUCUAAAACCAAGUUAGAAGGAGAAGGCGUAACCUAAAAUACCUCACAGAUAUGAUGAUAUACAGAAUGCUAUUAUAUGUAUAUAUUAAGUCACAGAAUAUGAUAUUUAGUAGAAUGUUAAUUAAGGACCUAGUGGCUAUGUGAGAUAUUUUGGGAUAUGCUUUAUAUAGUAUUAAGAAAAUUGUAUUCGGUAUACUAUGAACAGAAAAUUAUAUAUAGAUUUAUGUGUAUACGUCAGAAAAGGCGUAGUUUAUAUAUUUACACGUAAUUGUGCCUAUGGUACAGUAUUGAGCAAUGAUAUUAUCUUAUUUCAGAUUCGUUCAAUUAAAUUCAAGUAAAUGCCAACGAACCAAACAGGUGCUUUUUACAACGAGUGCGUAUUAGUAACUGUAUAAUAAUAAUUGUAUGUGACCAAUAAUCCAAUUAGUAAUGACAAGUAAAUUCUUUAUAAUUAGUUGGUACACCCAAGCUUGAUUACUACACCUAGAAAUGUCUCGCUUUGGUAACAUUUUCAUGCAGCUAUAUUUGGUUUCACGGUGCAAAUAAAGAUAUAUAAAGGUAGACGUAAAAUUAGUAUUGAUAUUUGCAAUUGAGAAUCAAAUAAACAAAUAGAUGAAUUAUC